ACGCAAGGGUAAUGCAUGUACAUGUACUCGUCUAAACAACGCCCACCCUCGAGAAGUUAUGAUGUGCAGGCUUUAUAGCCGGUUGAACUCGCUCACGAAUCCGUCAUAUUCACAGCGUAUUUCGCGGGUGCUCCAAGAGCCAUAUCUCGGCGGCCCCAAGACGACACCAUGAUUGGCAAGGAGCAACUUCAACUCAUGUUUACAUUUUUGCUGGCUUUCGUCACCACCGUUAAUGCCGUCAUAUUUCGCCAAAGCCCCGAGGGCUUGAUAUUGCUCGCCGGUAAGACAGCGGUGUUCCGAUGCAGUGUGGAACCUCAGGCCAACGAUCGGGGGACCGUGAAAUGGCUGCAUGUUGACACAAACAGGAUAUUGAGCAAGUACGAGAACAUCUUGGUUUAUGACAAGGAUAAUCGGUACUCGAUUGUUGGGACCCACAAUCUGUACGAUGAGUACUCGUUGAGUAUCGAGGACAUCCGAGCGAGCGACACGGGGGAAUAUCGCUGCACCUACGGCCGGUCCUACCGCUCGGCUUUCCUCACAGUUGCGUCGAUCCCGGAACCAGGGUAUCCGCUCUGUGACGUUAACCCAGACUCGAAUGAACAGGUUCUCGGUGCUAACUCGGAAUUAUCUUGCACAUCGCACGGUGCCAACCCGCCUGCUGAAUUGGUCUGGUACCGCGAAGAUGUGGCGAUCUCAAAGGUUGCCUACCGGAGAAACGUCGUAGAGAAGACCGUUGGAGCUUCUGACAAUGGGGUUAAAUACACGUGUGUGGCUGAGUUCAACCCUGCAUUGGAGAUCGAAUCCCGCUCUUGCGAGAUCCUUGUCUUGAAUAAACCACCGUCCGGAACCAUACAUCCGAAAACACACAUUGUCCAGCCGGGGACAUCGGCCACCUACGACUGCACGGGCGAGGGCAUUCCAACGGUCACCGGGUACACGUGGCUAGUGAAUUAUAUCUACGUGUCGAGUAAGGAUAACCGAGGACGGAGGUACGUGUUAUUAAACAACAACAGGACCUUAAGAAUCACAGACGUCCGGAGAUGGGAGGAUGGUGUCGUCAUCACGUGCGAGAUGACCGUACUCUCUGGCCUGAAAGGCCGUGCUUUUGCCAAGCUCUCCGUAGUCUCGUCACCGGUGGUCACGUCAGAAGCGAACGAACCGUCCUCCAACCCAAGCGUGCUGCAUCCAGAAGAGGAGACUACUAACCCAUUUGAAGAUGCGGGGCCGGCUGAACGCAAGCCACAGGCUAACUCGACUACUGGUGGUGUGGUAGCAGGGGCUGUACUUGCAACCAUUGGGGUUAUGCUGGCUUUAGUUGCAGUCACCGUGCUGUUCAUCAGAACAAAACUCAGCGGGCAGUUCAGUCCGGACGCGACCCGUAAUAAGAGCAAAAAGUGCCCACCGGGGCCACCCGUUCUGCCAGUGUCGUCGACACUGAAGAGAAUCGGUGAGUGCCCGAUUUACGCCAAACCGAAUAAAGCACGCAAGGGUCUUGCGCCCGCUCCACCCGGCGUCGACACGCUAUUGAGGGGGAACCUCGGCACUCAGAUGAAUAAAUCUCGGAAGAAUCGUCACAGCUACGAGAAGGUGGACAUACUGGGGCUGUCGAACGGUGGGACGAUCAAGCUGCAGGGCCGGUCUGAAGCUCACGCCGGCUCGCGCUCAGAGACACUCCGGUCGGUAAAAGGACCGGCCCCUUUACCGCCCGCUAGACCGCCGUCCCGACCUGUGUCCCCGGCUCCACGGCCCCCACCACUAAUGCCCCCUCCACCGACCCCGAAGCCACCCAACGACCUCGUGUACGCAGAUCUUGACCUCGUCGCUGAGACUACUAACAAAAUGAGGGUCAGCACGCUACCGUAUACCAAAGUAGACUAUGCAAUAUUGACGGCCAAAGACUCUAAAAGUAGUAGUGUCAAAAAGUUUCUUGGUGGCGGCAGUGCACGAAAGUAGCCCGAUGGCUGUUGUGGAUCAUCUUUGAACAGAAGAAGAAACAAACUUAUUUGUGGUAAUUUUUUAUUGAACGUUGUGUUGAAAGUCUGCAGAAAGGGACUCUUUGCCGAAUUACGAAUUUUCGAGGUGAAUAACUUAGUUGUUGACUUUGUUGUAAUAUUAUGUGAUAUACAAACUUGAUGACAACGCACAUAAUCUGAUUUAACUUUAAAAACUGAGGCGACGUACAUACACUGUUGUGACAAACACAAUAGUGAUGGAAGAUGCGAUUCGACAAUCGCUUCC